GCCAUACACCGUAUAUCCCAUCAAUCAUCGAAAUCUACCUCUAGAACAAGAAGAAGAAAAUUAAGCAUGGCAGACACGCCUAUAUGCCACAUCUGUAAACAGAUGAAGGAAAGAAAAAAUUUCAUCCUUUCGCGCCCACAUAUAGUGGAACAAUGUUUGCUCUGUAAUCGACUCUUCUGUGUAAGACAUAAAGGGGAAGAAACUAGAGGUGUCUGCCAGAUCAACCAUUGGACCUACUAUCGUAAUCAUUCGGAACUUGGGAGAGAUGGGACGAUUUUUCGAAACAUGGAACAUCGAAACAUAGAGAUGGAUCCGUCCAAAGCUGGGUUGGAUCGCCUGGCGAAGGUUUUGAUGGAGAGAGAAGAGAUUAAAAAGAAAACAGAGGAAGAGCAAAGAAGCACAUAAGAGGCGGUCAAAUGAGAAGGGGCAAGCGAGGAGACUGCAAAACGCGAGGCAAAUUUGGACCCAGUGGAAGACUGUCAGGGUACCACCAUUCCAGACGCAACUUGCAAUCAGACCGAGCUCUAUUUCCUUGGAGUAGAUACGUAGUUAAGUGCAACUGCGGCUGAGUAAUUUGAGGAAACUGAAUUUGGCA